ACGGACAUUUAAAGUAAUAUAUACUUUAAUAUUAGGGAACAUUGUAUAUUACUUUUAUUAUUAUUGAAUACUAUUUUGAUUCUGUUUGAAAAACUUUAUUUUCUUAAAAUUUAUUUAAUUAUAAAUACCUAUUUCUUAUACUGAAAUGUCUUUUAUGAAGACUUUAAAAAAAAAUAUUUCGAUGAAAUUGAAUAUGGCACAGUAUCAAUUUUAUUCGUCCUCUAAAGAAUCAGCGUCCAUGGAACGUUGUUCAGUUGACUGUAUAGUUCCUGAAUAUUGUCCUGAAGAACCACUACCACCAUACAAUCAAAAUAGUGCUAUCCCGUUUGAAAUUGACUAUUCUUAUUUCAUUAACGAAAUUUCAUCUAAACGCCAGUCGUCUAAACUUCGAGAAAUAACGAGAUUGUUAGAAAAACUACCACCAGAUUGCAUAAAAUUCGGUGUAGGAGUACCGAACGUACAAACAUUUCCAUUCAAGAAGAUAAGCGUAGAACUAAUUACUGGCGAAAAUAUUAAACUUCAAGGUCAAGAACUAUCAGAUGCCUUGCAAUAUCUACCUUCGGUUGGAUAUCGGCCUCUAAUAAAUAUAUUAGAAGAAAUACAAGAAAGUUUUCACGGACCUCAAAAUUGGAGUAAAAGAUCUAUUAUUAUGACAUCUGGCGCACAAGAAGGAUUGUCCAAGGUCGUGGAAAUGUGUGUGCGUUGCAACGACCCAGUGAUUAUGCCUGAUCCUGUUUACACGGGAGCCGUUGAUUUGUUCAAACCAUAUAGUGCUGAUAUCAUACCAAUAAUACAAGAUUCUUGUGGUGUAGUCGUGGAAGAAAUCGAAAAAGUUUUAGCUGAAAGAAAAAGGAAAAUGUUGCCGAUACCCAAAAUGAUUUAUUUGAACCCUACUGCAUCAAACCCGGCUGGAACUACAUUACCCACACACAGAAAACGUGAAAUUUAUAAAUUGGCUUGUGAAUAUAAUAUGCUUAUUCUUGAAGACGAUCCAUAUUACUACUUACAUUUCGAAAAGGAAAAUCCAGUUAGUUUUUUGUCCAUGGAUACAGAAGGUCGUGUACUUCGAUUUGACUCUUUUUCAAAAAUCAUGAGCUCUGGUUUACGCGUCGGCUUCAUAACCGGUCCCAAAACAUUACUACAUAGAGUAGAGCUGCAUAUGCAAACAUCAUCAAUGCACACAUCAUCAUUAUCGCAAGUGCUUUUAUACAAGCUUUUAUCACAUUGGGGUAAAGAUGGUUUAAUUUCUCAUUUUAUGCACGUCAAAAACUUUUACAAACAAAAGUUGGAUUACAUGAUGUCUGCAAUUAAUAAACAUCUUAACGGAUUAGCUGAAUGGUAUGAGCCAAAUGGUGGUAUGUUUUUGUGGUUGAAAAUAAUUGGACUGAACGAUGCUAAAAAAUUAGUUACUACUAGAUGUUUGGAAAAAUGUAUAAUUUUAGCUCCUGGGUUUGCGUUAUCAGCCAUUCCUGAAAAUCCAAGUCCCUAUAUUCGAUUAUCGUACUCCAUUGCGUCACCAGAAGAAGUCGAUCGGGGAAUUGCACUGCUUGCGGAAGCCAUACGAGAAGAAUUAUUGGAUUAAUAUAAAUUUAUGAAAUCAAAUAUGAUAAAUAAUACUUAUCAGUUAUCGAUUAUUAUUGUAUGUAUGAAUUUGCAUAUCUAAUAUCUACCUAUAUAUAUUUUAUUUUAUUAUUAAAAAAUAUGUUAAGUUAUAUCAUAUUUUUAAGUUUUGAAUUUUUUUGUAUUUUUUUUUUUUAAUAUAAAAAUAAUACCUAUUAUAAUUUAUAAUUAACUAGUAAAAAUACAUAUCUAUUAAAAAUUGUUUA